AUGGGCUUCAGUGAGCGUGUCUGUCAGAUCUGCGGUGUCUCCUUCAACGUCGGACGCAUUAGGACGAAGGAUGAGCCCACCAAAGCCGGGUGGGGUGGCAGACUGCGCGGCAACUCACCUGUCUUCGACCCCGAGUGUGAGGCCGAUGGUUGCGCGAACGAAGAACGAAUGAUCCCAGAGUUUGUUUGCCAUGACGGCUCUGUAUCUGAGGCGGAGCAGGCUAUUGAGCAUCUUGCCGGUCCUUCGUGCAUCUCUACGAGUGGGUACUCAGGUCAUCGUAUUACAUGGAAGGAGAUGAAGGACUGCACACAAGUCCAAUGCCUCAAGUACAAGGCUUCUGAUUGGGAACCCGAGCCAGGAGACGAAGACUUUGUGCUGCAAUCCCGCGAUGCCUUUCUCACUGGCAUCAGCACCGGGGCUCCUGACGAGUUCGAAGUACACCGGCUCGAGCCAGUGCGUCAUGGUGUCCGCGAUACACCGAUGACGAAUGAGCUUUUGGACGAUGACUCUGAAGAUGGGAUGCCAAUGCACGCUCAAUGCUUUCAGGUGUUUAGAGAGCUGAGCAUCAGGAAGUUCGGCCGGACCGACAUUGACAGCCUAAUCGACCUAUGGGCGCAGCAGGGCUCCAUGGAGAACAGGUUUGAUGAUUUCCAGGAGACUCUUGACCUUCAGCUUGUGGUCCACCAACUCCAUCGACACGUUCCAGGAACGGAGUACAUGGUGGCCCACCCUCAUGACGUGGAGGGUCUGAACGAUCUCAUAGACAGAUGUACGAUCAAUGGAGCAGCCCAUACCGAUGCAGUCUUCGAGAACAGCGAUGACAAGGCACAUGUCGCGGACCCGUUCGCCAGUCUACCCCCUGAGCUCAGACUAAUGCUCCUACUGCAACUCGAGCGGACAGACGUCACGAACUUACGCCUGGUUUCUCGGAGCUUUCAGCAGCUUCCACAAAAGUAUUUCCAUAACCUCAUUACCACGGAGAUGCCACGGGUAUGGGAGAUCGAUAACCAGGAGCCUGGCACCAUAAAUUGGCAUCAACUAUGGUGUGCUCUAUCAGCAGCAGAUGGCGGCGCUGGCGUGGACGAACUAGUGCGGGCUUGGGUAACAGAUGGAGAGUACCUCCAUGUGUCUGCCGAACUGUAG